AUGGAGAACAAUCCUCCCUCGCCGCAAGCAUGCAGCUCUACCAAUCCUCCCACUGAAAGUUCCUUCAGUUUUACGCCUAUCAAAGCCUUGAGUGCCUUGCCGCGACUGUGGGAUCGCAAGCCUUCGACGCCUGUGCGGGCCGGAGACAAAACACGAAAGCUGUGGAAGCGCAUUCGCUUUCCGUUUACUAGCAUGAGUAAUGCGACAGAGGGCAGACCCACGGGGAUUGGCGCCUCCAAAAACUCGGAUUAUCAGCGUGGUGUGAAGCGCCAGUGUGUUGACCCCGCUGAGGCGGACCAAGAGACUGAGGCCGAGCAACGUGGCCGGUCUUUCCUUGAGACUAAAUGGGAGAUGCAGGCGUCUCGGAAAAGACGUAAAAUGCCCGAAUUCGAUUUCAGCAUUCACGACGAGGGCUCCCAUGAGGUGUUUGGUUUUACUGCAAACCAACCUGAGGGAACAGCCAACGAUGUUGUCGGCGAUGUAGCUACGAAUGCGUCACCCCAGCGUCUCAGUGAUCUCUGGGCGACUUCCAAGACCCCGGUCUACAACGACGCUAUGACUAUGGACCUGGAUCUUAAGGCAUCCGACACAAAGACAGCGCAUGAUCUACAGUCUAGACCAUCCAGCCAAGGCGUGCAGACUGUCAUCGACAGUGCAGCAGAGGACAAUAACAACGUUGUGUCCACUGCAGAGUCCGUGCAAGAUAUGACGCAAGAGCAGGAGAUCAAGUUGGUGCGAUCGGCAUUGCGAAGCUCCCUAGAUGGAGAAGAUGCAGAGCUGCUCAACGACUUCCUGGUCAGGGCGAAUGCGAAGCGGGCCGCCAAGGCCAUGCAUCCCGAAGAUGUGAAAUCGACGGAGAUGUCUUCCAGCACGGAAGAGUCGCCAGAAAUUGAAUGCUCAACACCGCGAUCACGCCGCGCGCUAGAGGAACUGACAACCAAUUCACCUUCACCUGUCAAAUUGCAAUUCUCGCCUAGUAAAUAUGACGCCAUGUGUGGUGCCGAUGGUGCCGAUGAUCAAGAGGAUAUCAUCCCCAAAGAGAUCAAGGAAGACCAAGCUCCUUCCAGCCCUACGCAUCGCAGAAGCACCCGUACCAAAGGCUCGAGCGCCCCCAACAUGCGCAACACCAUCUCACUUCGCCGAGCCAAAGGGACAGAAUUUUUCCUACAGCGAACUGAGACCCAGCAGGUAGCUAUGGCCACAAAGCGCAAUACCCGGCUCAACAAAGGCAAAUAUAUAACUCCCCUGGCCGCCCUGGAAGCUAUGGCCCAACAGCCGAGCGAGGAGGAACUUCAGCCUGGUAAUUCAAGUGAGGAUUCAAAUCACAACGACGCUAGCUCCCGUGGGCGGACAAAACCGCGAAAGCAAGUGUCAUGGAAUGAGGAACGCAUGGCCGAGUAUGAAGAGUACAGAGAACCAAUGGACGAGCAGGAAAACGAAGAGGAGGGUAACCGAUGCACGAAUGACGUGGGGGUAACGCCUCGCCCGCGACCAGAAAGCAAGCGCUCAGCGAAGCCAGCAGAGUCUAGUCAUCGCAGCAGCCGUAGCCAAACGCAAAAGGCAGGCGAGAAUGCAGGCAGUGAGGCCGAGAAUGGCCCAACCGCCCCGGCUACUGCACCUGCUACCGUAACCCCGCGCUCGCGCCGGGUGAGGCGUUUGGGCGACUCUGGAAUCUUGGGGUCUGGAACUCCAGUUAAGACCGGGGGUCGCAGUACAAGCAAGCCUCCCGCAGCCUCGGCGCACGCCGUGGCUGCUGCCCCCUCCACACCCACCAAGGGCCGCCGCAAGCUUGCUCCCAAAUCCCCCAUCUCGUCCAAGCUUCCUGCACCAGCCUCCAAGAAUGUCAAUAUUACCACCGAUCAGCCUUUCGUCAGUGGCAUUCCAACCCGCAGCUCAAAGAGCACAGACGAUGGAGAGGGAAAGAGUAUGCUUCAGAUGAGCGCAGGGUGCACACCCAAGGCCCGGCGCGUUCGGUCGAGAUCUUGA